CACUGUUUCUAGUGGAAGCGACGAUGGGAAAGUGCGGCUGUGGGACGUCAAGACGGGAAAGGUCAUCGCCAAAUGGACAGGACACACUAAGGAUGUGUGGGCAGUGUGCUGGAUUGCAAAUGGGGAGCGAGUUUUGAGUGGAUCUGCGGACGGGACAGCAAGAGUGUGGCAUGUCAAGAGCGGCAAAACUGUCCUGACAAUCAAUACCGGGCACCAGUGGGUGGGGAGCGUGAUGUACUCGCCCAACUCCAAAAAAUUCGCAACAGGUGGAUAUGACGAGACUGGUGUAAAAAUAUGGAAUAGCAAGACGGGCAAGCUGAUCUCCACACUUGAACACACUUGGCCAGUUUACUGCUUGGCAUGGACAUCAGAUGGAAAGAAGAUUAUCUCCGCGUCAUAUGACUUGAUCACAAUAUUUGACAUCUCAAACUUGCAGCAGAUCACCCAACUCUAUGGUCACAAACACUUGAUUCGCGCCAUCACUUUGUCUCCGGAUAACCACCUCCUUGCGAGUGCAUCAUGGGAUAAAACAGCGCGUCUGUGGAAUCUCGAUACAAAUCUCCCACUCGGGCCACCAAUCCAGCACAACGGUUUUGUGGAGUGCGCAGCUUUUUCUGCCGAUGGAAAGUUGCUAGUCACUGGCUGUGAGGACAGUAACACGUACGUGCAUGAUGUUCACGACAUCCUCAAAGCUGAAGACCCACUAUCCAAUACCAAUGAUGAACUCGAACGGGAGGCAUCAUCUGAUGACGCUUCGGGAAUGGAGCACACACCCCGCUCCUCACAGGACAUAGCCGACAAGUCAUUUUUGGACGCUGAUGCUACGCGGGGUAUCGAUGAACUCCCAGCAACAUUUUUUGACGACAUGCAAUUUGAUGUUCAUUCUUCCGCAAAGGGGGACGCCCACCCUCUUUCCUCCGCCAGUGCACUCUUCGGCCGCAUUUCCUCGUUCCUCCACCGCUCUCGAACCGAUAGUGAUGAAGCGACCGGACCUCCGCAACCCCCAAGACCUUCAGGGUUACAUCGACGUGUGCUCGUCGCUCGCCUGUCCUCAUUCAUCCACCAUUCUCCACCCAAUGAUGAUGCAGCAAGGGAACUUCAGCAGUCCCCCACGCCUUCAGGGUUACGUCACCACGCGCUCCUCGGUCGUCUGUCCUUACUCUUACCCCACCCUCGACUCAACACCGACUCAGGAGCCGAGCCUCAACAUCCUCCAAGGUCUUCGGGUUCGUGUCCAGAUGUACACAUCAGCCGCCUGUCCUUGCUCUUCCGCUCUCCGCCUGCCACCAAUGAAAACAUCGAACUCCCGCAAUGCCCAAGGCAAACUACCUCUUCUCGCGGCAGUCGUCAUGUUGUCGAAGUGGCUGCAAUUCGGGACAAACAAGCAUUGUAUGUUGCUCCGCGGCCGGAACGAGAUCGUUCACGUGCCCGACCUGCCGGUACUGCUGCAACAACCGCACAGUCGCGACCCCUCUCGUUGUGGGCUCAUGUCGUGCUCUUUCUAUGCUGUGCAUCUCCUCAAAAAGUAAAACAAACACAGCAGCAACCACAAGUCCAAGUCCAAGCCGAGGUAUUGUUGCAACCUCAGCCUGCCGCCGCCUCGACCUCCAUAACACAGGCACAUACAACUAUUGAGACUUGUGCUACCGCGCAGUCACGACGUGUUCCAUUGCGGGCUCGUUUCGUGCUUUUUCUUUGCUGUGCAUCUCCCCCGCACGAUGAUGGCCAUUAAUUUUACUGCAGUAUGUGGAUAAUUAUUUCAUCCUUGCGUCUAGUUAUUUUGUGAUGAUUGUCAUAUUUCAAUUAAUGUCUUUCGCUAGUC